UUCUUGGCAAGAAUCCCAACCUCUCAGGCUCCUCUUACUUGGGUUGUAUUUGGUUUUGAGGCUUUAAUCAUGACCGCCUACGUCUGUUCACGGUCUUUCAUUUGUCUGUGCUUGUUUUCUUCUGUCUUCUAUUUCUCCGUCUCGACCAUGGAUACUACUUAUGCCCGCUGCCUUCAGGUGGCGAUUGGUAGGGACAAACGUACCCUCGUGUCUUCUCCCAUGUUCAUUCGCAAAGGUCAACCUCAUCGGAAGACUACAGUGUGCCGUGGAUAACUCGAAACACCGUGCUCCUCAGAAUUUUUGAUGUGGCCGAAGAUACAUGUUCGAUUUUACAUUUUCCGUAAACAUUCUCUGUGUUUGAAGUGGUGUCUGGCUCUUUUUUCUCACAGACGGCGAGUCAUUCAUGAUGUGUGAUUGACAGCUUGCACGGAGACGACAGAGACCGUCCAUUGAGCCGGGUCUCGUGGGAAGGCCC